UAGCUCGAGUGCGUGCGCUGUCAGGCACUGAGGCGGGAAUCAUAUGACCUGCGUUCAUUCCUGUAGUAUCUCUGUGACACGCGCUGCGUGAAGCGCAUUUCUCCGGUGCUCGCGAGAAGAGCUCAGCAUUAACAUGUACCACACCGCUGCGCUCCACUGAAAUACUGACGGAUAUUUAUUCAGAUAGCGGUCUCAUUUUCUUAUUUACAGAAUAGACGUGAUUACGUGGGGCGAUGCCUGAAGAAAAAGCGUUUCACCAGCAGGCUGUUCACAGUCCCCUGGAGCAGCAGAAGGGACAGCGGCAGAGCGGCCCCAUCCCCUGUCAAAACUGUGGCAAGCCCUGCAAAGGCGAGGUGCUCCGGGUGCAAAAUAACCAUUUCCACAUCAAGUGCUUUGUUUGCAAAGUUUGUGGAAGUGACUUGGCUCAGGGAGGCUUUUUUGUGAGGCAAGGCGAGUAUAUCUGCACUCUGGAUUAUCAGCGCCUCUAUGGCACCCGCUGCUUCAGUUGUGAAGAGUUCAUUGAAGGGGAAGUUGUGUCCGCCCUGGGCAAGACAUACCAUCCACGCUGCUUUGUCUGUGCUGUCUGCAAGCAGCCGUUUCCAGCUGGGGACCGCGUGACGUUUAAUGGAAAGGAGUGCAUUUGUGAGAAAUGCACUCAGCCUGUGCCAGUCAACAGCACGGCCCCCCCACAGGCUGUGUACAAUUGCUGUGGCUGUGGAAAGGAGUUUAAAAAUGAGCAGUCUCUGGUGGCGUUGGACAAGCACUGGCACCUUGGCUGCUUCAAGUGCAAAGUGUGCAAUAAAGUGCUUAAUGCAGAAUAUAUCAGCAAGGAUGGGAUCCCAUACUGUGAGGCAGACUACCACGCCAUGUUCGGCAUCCAGUGUGAAACCUGCAAGAAAUACAUCACCGGAAAAGUACUUGAGGCUGGAGAAAAACACUAUCAUCCCACAUGUGCCAGAUGUGUACGCUGUGACCAGAUGUUUGGAGAGGGCGAGGAGAUGUACCUGCAAGGAUCUUCUAUCUGGCAUCCUCCUUGCAGACAGGCGGCGCGUAUGGAGGAGAAGAGUAAGGUGACGAGAACCUCCUCUGAGAGCAUCACAUCUGCUCCUGCCUCCAGUGCAUCUGGCUCCCCUAGCAGAGUUAUCUAUGCAAAACUGGGUGAUGAACUUCUGGACUACAAGGACCUGGCUGCUCUUCCUAAAAUCAAAGCGAUCUACAACAUUGACAGACCUGACAUGCUCUCAUACUCGCCCUAUGUGAGCUACCCUGUGGAGGACAGGACCUUUGGAGAGUCACCCCAGCAACUCACCCCUACUCCAACUGAGGGAGAUGGGGAAAAGUCUCCCCGCCAGAGGAGGCCCUCCAGCCCCAGCUCCAACAGCUCUUUAGGGGGUUAUGGCCGCUAUACGCCUUCCCGCUCACCACAGACCUACAGCAGACCAGAGCAAUAUCUGAGCGUCAAAUACACCACCCAUCCAGAAAAUUCCAACUUGUUGCCUGUACCAACCUCGGGGAGGAGUAGCACUCAUGGUAGUGCCAGAGGCUCCUCCCCACUGCCUUUGUACAGCAGCAGUGGUAGAAACACUCCACAGGCAGGGAGCAGUGGUGUGGCCCUGCCCCUCAACCCCACUACUCUGGCAUUGCUCCAACAGCACAACUACAUCCCUUACUUUAGAGGUAGUGAAAGUGGGCGGAGUACCCCCAGUCUCUCCACCUACUCCGAUGGCAAAUCUCCUUCCUCUACGUAUGUGGCAGCCCCACGGCAUUUCCAUAUCCCAGAGACUAAAGUCAAAGAUAAUAUCUAUAGAAAACCCCCUAUCUACAAACAGCAUGCUUCCAGAACCUCCUGGCAAGAUGAUGACAUAGACAGAAAGACCAGAACAAGUUGGAUGAACCUGAAGAGUGAGAUUGAUGGACAGUCUCCAGACCUGGACCCCAGGACCUCCACACACAGCUUGCCCACCGAUAUCUCUCAACCCAACUUUCCAUACAACAAGUCUGCUUCGCUGCCAGGAUACGGGCGGAACGGCAUAUACAAGGCGGCUGAUCUUGGUGAGGAUGAUGCAGAUCAUGACUCAUCUUGGAGUGGAAUGAGAGACUAUAAGGUCUACCCCUAUGACAUGCUAGCUGUGACCCACAGAGUUAGAGUAAAACUACCACGUGAUGUGGACCGCACCAGACUGGAGAGGCACCUGUCACCAGAGGACUUCUACAACGUGUUUGGGAUGACCAUUGAACAGUUUGACCGUUUGGCUUUGUGGAAGAAAAAUGAUCUCAAGAAGAAAGCCCGCUUGUUUUAAAUCACGCCGAAUCGCUUGAAGGAAAGCAAAAAUAAAGAGAAAACCUCUUCUCAUCCAUCCUGUGUGCAUGGAGGGAUGAGUGUGAGAGAAAUAUAUAUGCACCUUCAUUCUGCUGCAUAGCUACUGUCAUCCCAUCUCACGCUGAGGAAGAGGAAGCGCUUUCACAACGCUGUUUGCCACCUAGCUUUGUGCGUGAACGCCACACCACAUGGUCUGAAUGUUACUCUGAUGACGGAUAGACUGGAGUCAGAACUGAAUUCUCCAUGACUCUUUGUUUUUCUCUUUGAUUGUCUUUGAUCUCGCUCCCUCAGCUGUCUUUGUGAUUACUGUGUUGUAUUCUCUCUUUGUGGAAAAGCACUCAAUAUUGAUAUAAGCCACUUUCUUUACGUUUUAUACUGUUGAUAAACAUGGCCAACUUAUACAUCUUUAUGCUAUGUAAUACUACCCAUCUUCCCCUGUCCCCUUGUUUUUGACUGCAAUUAAUGUUGUCUAACGUUUAAGUCUUGUCCUCGUCUACUCGUAUUCUUUGCUCAAUGUCUUUCUCUCACUCUUUUCUCAGUCUCUUCCUGCCUGUUCCUCUUCUUACCUCCUAGACAUGAUACUCAGCCACUGCUCGGACUGUAAUAUUUAUCAUGUAAUAUCAGCUUAAUGGAAGCUCAUUCAUCCAUGGCUUUAGCAUGACCAGGCCAAAGACUCAUUGAGAGCAAGAAGACAACAAAGCACCUUACACGUGACCUAACCAGACGCAACGCAAUAAGGCGACAAGAAAAAAAAACUCUUCCAGGUCAUUUUUGUCCUAUCUAGCUUCAACCAUGACAAGCAAAGAGCAACACUUCGCUUGGUUUCAUUGACUCAGCAUCAUGCUGGGUAGCCACGCCCACUGUGAAAUCUCAUUGGUUCGUCGUAACUGUACAUUAAACAUUAAAUAUCAUCUCAUUGGCUGUGAUUGUGUUACAUCACACAUCAGAUUCAGAACUUGUCAUAUUGCGCCUGGUUAGGACACAGUGUUAGUUGAUAUGUUUAUUAAUCUUUAUUGUUGCUGAAUGACUGUGAGUGCAGACAGCUGGAACAAUGCAUAGCUUUUGUGUUAUAUUAUGUAUUUGUUUGCUUUUCAGGUCAAUGUGCAAUUCAUAAGAUGUCAUUAUUAUGACAUCACAGUUAUUCAAUAAGACAUUUAAAUUCAUAUCUGGACUUCACAUACUCUCUCCAUAUAUAUCGUGCACAGUACGUAUGGUCAUAAAUCUUAUCAGCCAGACACUGCAUUGGUCUUUCUCAUUGUUUUAAUCUACACAAUUGAAAGUGCUCAUGGCAGAGUAAACCCUUAUUUUUAUAUACAUUUUUCUUUUCAUACAGAUGUUUGCCAGAUACUUUAUUUGCCAUUUGCAAAUAAUUGCAACAUUGACUUUAGCAUGGAGCCAUGCCAAAGUUAACAGUUUCUGUAGCAAUUAGUGAAACUAAUACAACACAACACUUAAUAAAGCAUGCCGUUUAGUGGUGCUUCAUUUCAUUUAAAACAAAUAUGAUUGUGUUUUUCUAUUUUUUUUUUUUUUUUUUUUUUGAUUGUUAAUAAAUGCGUGUGCAGUAUAUUGAUAUAAAUGUCCGUUACACCUGAUCAUGUCACCCUGUAGGCAUGCACUGCAUAUACUGGAAGCAUCAUGUAAUGGCUUCAUAUUCAACUUUAGAGUGUAAUCAUGACGUGUUGUUUGAUUUGAGAUCUGAAAGUUACUGAGAGGUUGUUUUGUUUCUUCAGACACAUUCUUAAGUUGUACCACGUUUGUUCUAGAUAUUUUACUCUGAUGAAAUUGAACUUGAUUCUUUUGCUGAUGCCAAUGACUCAGAUUUGCAAAGAAACAUGCAAGGUGUUUUAUCCUUUUAAUUAUAUGGAUAAAUUACUUAAAGAUGUCAGAAAUCUGGAACUGUUAGAAACGUAACAUUCAGUAAAGUUUUGACUAAUGAUAACCAUGUGUAUUGUGCCUAUAUCUUGUACAAUAUCAAAGCAUCUUUGAAUUUUGUUUUUUCAACUUUAUUGUUGAUUGUGAAAGUAUGGUGUUUAUAACCGACUAUAAGUAUGUGCAUAUCCAAAUCUCUUUCUUCAGGGUCAUAAUGUAAAAAUUUUCAUGCAGUAAAUUUUAGCCUUUGCCGGUCAUGCCAAAAUCUGUUGUGCUUGGGAAAAUACAGUACAGUAAAGCUUGUCUCAAAUACAUGAAUGUGUUUUGGUCUGAGUGCGUAGGUGGGAGCCUUCCCAGAAGAACCAUGUUGAGCUGCGGAGGACGAAUGCGUUAGUCUUAUUUGAACAGCUGUAGAAACAGGCACGCGUGUGGGUGUGAGUGGUGCUAGCCUUCAGUACAGCAGUCCAAUAGUUCAAGCUAGGUGAGUUCAGAUCAGUAUGUGUUCGAUCGUCUUCAUUUUUUAACAUAGCACUGUUCUAACCCUUAAAAAACACCAAAAUCAAGACUAAACAAGGAGGUCAUACCUACAUCUGCAUUGGUUCAAUUUUUGUUUUUUCUAAAAACAUGGUUUGCUUUUGGAAAUCAUUUCAAAAUUUAUUUUUCUUUGUGUGUGUGAAGUCUCUUUGUCUGGAUGAAGGCAGAUGUAGGUCCGUGACACGAGAACUCUGACCCAACAGUUUUGAGAACUGCUGGCCUACUUUUGCUACUGUCACACAUGAAGAGAGUUUGUGCCUGGGUCUGAUUGCAUUCACACAAAUGUUUCAUUUUAUACCUAGAGAGUUUGAGAGACCCAAUAAAGUUGUCUUUGUGUUAUGAUGAGGUCCCACAACAAAAUGGGUUUCCCAUGGGUGCACAUGGUUUUGUGCUAAUAUGCAAACUAACUACUGCGUAUAACUGUGAUUGUGAUGUUAUUCUGACUGUGUAUGAGUUUGGGAAAUGUAAAUGCACCCAUUUUAUUCAUCAUGUCUUUGAUGCUUUGCAAGAAAUAUUGAUAUUCAUCUCAAUAAAUACAACUACUUCAA